GAACUGAGUGUUUACAAGAAUCUCCAGUCAAAUGCUCAACUACUAAAGGACAUGGGUAAAACUUUAUAUAUCGGAGCAGAGGUGAUGUGUGGAGUUGACGCAACCAAGCUCCCAACUGUUUUUCCUAUCAGGAAAAUGGAUCGAAUCAUCUUCAACUUCCCACACAUCGGCGGUAAAAGCAACGUAAAGAAAAAUCGUCGGCUCCUGAGAGAUUUCUUUGAAAGCGCAGCCGAGAUCUUGACACCACACGGUGACGUGUGCGUCACUCUCUGCCAGGGUCAGGGCGGCUCACCCGCCGACAUACCAAUGAGGGAGUGGCACAACACGUGGCAGGUCAUUGCCAUGGCAGCAUGCGCAAAUCUUGUUCUGUACAAAUGUCGACCCUUCCUUCCCAGCGAAUACCCAAACUACAACUGCACUGGAUUUAGGAGCCAGGACAAGGCUUUUCACACGCGGUGCGCGAUCACUCACUACUUUCGACACGGCGUGCCCUUCACCUUUCCCGAGCCUUCCGACGAACGUGACUGCAACAUCCACGACGUUUGCACGAGGAAAACGUACACAUGUUCGUCCAGUUAUUUGGCAGAAUGCGUUAGAAGGAAGCUUCACGAGGAGGUGGGUCAUCCUAUCCAGCAGAUUGCUUGUCACAUGACAAAGGUUCUCGCGGAUUCCACCAAAUAUAGAGUUGACGUCGUGUCAGGUUCAGAACUUCCUUUGGUGCUGAGCGCGACUACAGUGCCCCCACAAAGCAUCCGCGUUCUCCCGGCAACCGACAAUGGUCCGUCCGGUGAAACAAGAGAACACUUCUUGCGCAGUUCAGCGAUCGACCUCAUCCCAGCUCUCCUUCAACGUAAGGCAACGCGUUCUGCCUGCAGCAAUACAGACGGGGGAGCAACGGGAAACGUAGCGGUAGUGGAGAAUGUAGCGGUAGAUGUAGCAGUAGUGGAAGACGUAUCAGUGAUUGAAGACAUAGCGGUAGCGGGGGACGUAGCGGUAGGUUCGUCGACGGAGGUUCCGUGGCUGCAGAUGUGUGUGGUUGAUGUGUAUCAUGAAGAGGCGAUCUACAGCGAACCACUGGCAGCUUACGAACUCAUCAUCUUGUGUGACGGAUCGCCAGCCGCCGCCGCGCGAGACUGCCUGCAGACGAUGCUGCCAGGUGGCGCCACGCACCACUGCGUAUCGACGUGUCUCUUUCCGUCGCCAUCUUCGACAAACGGCGCGCCAUCAGUAAACAACGUGCCGUCUGCUGUGACAACAGAGCAGUCGGAAAACCUCCACCAGAGGUCGCCGCCGUGGCUUCGUGCGUUCCGCGUCACUGGGGGGCGCCACGCGGCAUUCGUCAUUGACGUUGCCGCUGCGUGCACGGCGACGGUCGGCGUGACGACAGACCAACGGGUACUACGCACGAUAGACCCACGCGUUCUCGCCGAGCUUCGUGACACGCCGCCAGGUGGCGCCGCGCCCGCGUUCUGGCACGACGUGAGUUUCUGGCGGCCGGACGACUACGAUGAGCGGGAUUUCUUCCGCGUGAUUCGUGACAUGGCGGCGCCACUCGUCAAUGAUGUCUCGCUGCUGGAGGAAUAUGUGCGAGAGGGAAGAACAAGCCUCUGCUACCGAGUCGUCUACCAAUCGUGCGAUCACCCGCUCCCCCAGCAGAUGGCAGCACGGCUGCAGUCGGCCCUGCGGCUGCGACUCAUAGACGAACUCCGUUACGAGCUUCGACCGAACGUGUGACAAGUGAACGUCUAAUGCGUGCGCGUGACUAAUCACUCGGAUUGGGAUUAUCGUUGUCACGGUAUAGAUUCUUCACGGAAUCCCCUGGAUCUUUAAAGGUGAUUUUUUUCAAAGAAUGAAAAUACUUUUGUAUACCAGCCUGCUCAAGUUGAGUUGACGUAAUAUUGAUGUAAAGUACAUGGGAUGUGCAUAUUGUGUACGUAAAGAUAGAGCGGACGGGUUGGUAUGUCAAUGAGUAAUGUUUUAAAACGACCAUUUAUCAAAUAAACCGAAAAAUAAAUUUAGACACACUUACUCUCACUUGUCAGCGUAAUUACUAAUUCCUUCAGCAUAAAAAUUAUUACAAAUUCCCGCUCUUAUAGGAUAUAAAACAGCAGAUGAACAGCAAACGUGCCCCCACCAUCUUCAGAAUCGCUAUAAUGGAAUGCUCAAAUGGUCCCAGGAAACAAACGCACCUAGUUACGUGACGCAAAUAUUAGACUGGUAUCUAUCUAAAUAUGCAUACAAAGGUAAUUAACCUAGUGUAGAGACAGAGUUCCAGUCUAGCGAGAGCAAAAGUCACACGCUAGGUUUGUUGACAUAUGAAAAUAAUCUACUUUGAAAUGCAGAUUGGUGAAAUAUUGCUGGAAAGAAUGUUGUGCGAGUGUGCUAUGACUGUAUGACAUGUUAGCCUUACUAUAUACAUUUUGUGUUAUGCAAGGAGUACUGAUAAGUGUCAGAACAGUUGACAAAAUAUGAAAACAGUUGGUAAGAACAUAAGGAAUCCUUGCGUGAACACUUGCAUUUAUUGCAUCAUUACAAGGAAAUUUUUAGGAAAUUUAAUUCCUUGCUGUUUCGUAUUCGGUCUAGUCGCAUUCCUGCAUGGUCGAGUACAACUUGGUCAACAGACUUGUGCUGAAGGGGCAACAGCCAAACUAAGAUAUGUAGCGGGCUAUGCAUUUGCCAAAUUGCGGUGGCAGAACACAACGCUGUUGAACGCUGAUAUAUUGUAUAUAUAAUGUAUAUAUUGUAUAUAUAAAUAUAUAUCCCAUUAUAUAUACAACAUAGAAUAUAGCCAGUCCACCUUGGGUGUUAGCGAAUCUACUCCGGGUUAAUUUGAAAGCUUGCAUGUUAUUAGAGAGCAUAUUUAUGGGCCACGGAGUACGUUACAUGCCCCUGUGAUAAUCACCUGUAAAUGCCGGUCAAAUGCUCAUCUGCAACACACAAGUACACCGAACGCACGA